AGUAGUAAAGUGGGUUAUUUGAGCCCACGCCGUGACACAUUGGCCCCUGGUCAUAUGACUUUUUAUGUGACUUGCAUUUCCUCAUACGCUGCAUCUCGUCAGCCAGCCAGCCUCGUCCGCUAAGAUCACGACUUUAACGCUUUCCCUCUUAUCCUCAGGACCAUCAUGUUGCGAUACUUUGUUUUACUUCUUGCAGUCGGAUCUGUAAUCCAUCCGUCUCACGGCACAGAAGUGAUGGUGAAAGGCGAAGAUGACAAGUUGUGUCUGUACGCCAAACUCAUGGUCAACUUCUCCGUCUCGUAUGAAGCGGCUGACAACAAGAGCAAUUCAGUCCAAUUUGAGCUCCCAACUAAUGUCACGUUAGACGGCAGUAAGUGCGAGGCCAACAGCUCCACGCUGAAGCUGAACUUUGGAGCGGGGCACUCCUGGAGUAUGAACUUCACCGUCAAAGGGAAUAUGUACCAGGCGGACUCCAUCACGUUCUCCUACAACCUCAACGACUCCACCGUCUUCCCUAUGUCGGCAUCAAACGAAACUGUUUCUGUGACCGUGAGGCCUCACAUCACCGACGUCAGCAUGGACACCUGCUACUCAUGCAAUAGCAAAGAGACCAUUGAGGACGAGUCGGUCAAUCAGACCCUGUGGAACGUUCUCAUCCAGGCUUUCGUCAGCAACGGCACACAGAGCGAGAACAUGACCACCUGUGCUGCCGAUCUGCCCACCCCUGCUCCCACGGCCCCCAACACCACCACAGAGGCUCCGGUCACAAACUCCACCACCCCAGCCCCACUUCCUCCAACCACACCCACCCCGACACUCCCCACACCCGCCACCGGGAAGUACACCUUAAAACCGGACGCGAACAGCACAGCCUGCUUGUUGGCAAACUUUGGCCUGCGAGUCGGCAUCAAGCAAGGAGAGAAGUAUGAGGAGAUCAACCUGGACCCGAAUGUGACUACGGUGUCUGGAUCGUGUGGCGCCAACAGCAGCGAGCUGGUGUUAGUGUCCAACACAAUGACCGUGACAUUUGUGUUUGCCAAUGAUACCAAAAAAUUCCGCCUCCAGGCAAUGAAUGUCACCGCAAAACUGAGUUCUGGCGAAGUCUUCUCUGACGGGAACGUCAGCCUGAGCCUGUGGGAGGCGUCCGUGGGCAGCUCGUACAUGUGCAACAAGGAGCAAAACUACACCAUCACCCGCCAGCUCAGCGCCUUCACAUUCGACCUCCAAGUGCAGCCCUUUGGAGUGAAGAAGGACGUUUUCAGUACAGCUGAGGAAUGCCAGACGGACUCGGAGAGCUUCCUUGUUGCCAUAGUCGUCGGAGUUGCCCUGCUUGUUCUCAUUCUUAUCGUUCUGCUGGCCUACUUCAUCGGGAGAAAGAGAAACAUGGCCAGCGGUUACGAGUCUUUCUAGACACCUUUUGACACCUUUCUGGUGAUUUUUCUUCCCUUUCUUUCCCCAUUUUUAAUCACUUAACCGCUGCCUGUGUUCCUCUCUUGUCGGCCUUGCUGUUUGGUGUUGGCUUUCUACUUUGAUUCCACUUCUCAACCUCUUACUAAUCACCAAUUUGACAAAUUGGGAAUACAUAUGUGAUCUUUUUAGCCAAAACAUGAGGGAUACCACCAAUGUCUAGGCAGAAAACCGAAAAUUGUUCCGGGAAUAACAUCGUCAAAUUGGCAGACUAAAAUGGUCGGAUUCUAAGAAAAAAGGGAACUUUUCAAGCAAAAAAUCGUAAAGUUACAAAGACGACAAGGAAAUAAGUCUAACUGUAACAAGAGAAAAAGACAUACAAUUACGCGAAUAACAUCGGAAAAUUGUCGGACACAAAUGGUCGGCUUUUAAAAGAAAAGUGACUGUUUCAAGCAAAAAAAUCAUAAAGUUACAAAGACGACUAGGAAAUAAGUCCAACUGUAAAAGAGGAAAAAGUUGUAAAGCUGCGGAAAUAACAUCGUGAAAUUGGCGGACGAAAAUGGUCGGAUUUUUAAAAAAUUGUUUGAAUGUUUCAAGCAAAAAAUCGUAAAGUUACAAAGAUGAAAACAGAGUAAGUCCAACUAAGUUGCUGUUUAGUGUUGGCUUUCUACUUUGAUUCCACUUCUCAACCUCUUACUAAUCGCCAAUUUGACAAAUUGGGAAUACAUAUGUGAUCUUUUUAGCCAAAACAUGAGGGAUACCACCAAUGUCUAGGCAGAAAACCGAAAAUUGUUCCGGGAAUAACAUCGUCAAAUUGGCAGACUAAAAUGGUCGGAUUCUAAGAAAAAAGGGAACUUUUCAAACAAAAAAUCGUAAAGUUACAAAGACGACAAGGAAAUAAGUCUAACUGUAACAAGAGAAAAAGACAUACAAUUACGCGAAUAACAUCAGAAAAUUGUCGGACACAAAUGGUCGGCUUUUAAAAGAAAAGUGACUGUUUCAAGCAAAAAAUCAUAAAGUUACAAAGACGACUAGGAAAUAAGUCCAACUGUAAAAGAGGAAAAAGUUGUAAAGCUGCGGGAAUAACAUCGUGAAAUUGGCGGACGAAAAUGGUCGGAUUUUUUAAAAAUUGUUUGAAUGUUUCAAGCAAAAAAUCGUAAAGUUACAAAGAUGACAACAGAGUAAGUCCAACUAAGUUGCUGUUUGGUGUUGGCUUUCUACUUUGAUUCCACUUCUCAACCUCUUACUAAUCGCCAAUUUGACAAAUUGGGAAUACAUAUGUGAUCUUUUUAGCCAAAACAUGAGGGAUACCACCAAUGUCUAGGCAGAAAACCGAAAAUUGUUCCGUAAAUAACAUCGUCAAAUUGGCAGACAAAAAUGGUCGGAUUCUAAGAAAAAAGGGAACUUUUCAAACAAAAAAUCGUAAAGUUACUAAGACGACAAGGAAAUAAGUAAUUGUAACGAGAGAAAAAGUCAUAAAAUUACAGGAAUAACAUCUGAAAAUGGUCGGCUUUUAAAAGAAAAGUGACUGUUUCAAGCAAAAAAUCAUAAGUUCCAAAGACGACAAGGAAAUAAGUCCAACUGUAACAAAGGAAAAUGUUGUCAAGCUGCGGGAAUAACAUCGUGAAAUUGGUGGACAAAAAUGGUCGGAUUCUAAGAAAAUAGUUUGAACGUUUCAAGCAAAAAAAUCGUAAAGUUACAAAGAGGACAACAGAAUAAGUCCAACUGAAACAAGUUGCUGUUUGGUGUUGGCUUUCUACUUUGAUUCCACUUCUCAACCUCUUACUUAUCGCCAGAAUUUGACAAUUUGGGAAUACAUAUGUGAUCUUUUUAGCCAAAACAUGAGGGAUACCACCAAUGUCUAGGCAGAAAACCAAAAAGUGUUACGGGAAUGACAUCGUCAAAUUGGCGGACAAAAAUGGUCGGAUUCUAAGAAAAAAGGGAACUUUUCAAGCAAAAAAUCGUAAAGUUACAAAGACGACAAGGAAAUAAGUCUAACUGUAACGAGAAAAAGUCAUAAAAUUACGGGAAUAAAAUCGUCAAAUUGGUGGACAAAAAUGGUUGGAUUCUAAGAAAAUAGUCUGAACUUUUCAGGCAAAAAAAUCGUAAAGUUACAAACAUGACAACAUAAUAAGUUGUCAGCAACUGAAACAAGUUGCUGUUUGGUGUUGGCUUUCUACUUUGAUUCCACUUCUCAACCUCUUACUAAUCGCCGGAAUUUGACAAUUUUGAAAUACAAAUGUGAUCUUUUUUGCCAAAACAUGAGGGAUACCACCCAUGUCUAGGGAGAAAACCGAAAAUUGCCUUGUUCAAGCACAGUUUGAGUAUUUUUGCUUAGCACAGGCCUGGGCUAUUAUUUUUACAAACCCCGUUUCCAUAUGAGUUGGGAAGUUGUGUUAGAUGUAAAUAUAAACAGAAUACAAUGAUUUACAAAUCCUCUUCAACCCAUAUUCAGUUGAAUAUGCUACAAAGACAACAUAUUUGAUGUUCAAACUCAUAAACUUUUUUUUUUAUUUUUUAUUGCAAAUAAUCAUUAACUUUAGAAUUUAAUGCCAGCAACACGUGACAAAGAAGUUGGGAAAGGUGGCAAUAAAUACUGAUAAAGUUGAGGAAUGAUCAUCAAACACUUAUUUGGAACAUCCCACAGGUGUGCAGGCUAAUUGGGAACAGGUGGGUGCCAUGAUCGGGUAUAAAAACAGCUUCCCAAAAAAUGCUCAGUAUUUCACAAGAAAGGAUGGGGCAAGUUACACCCCUUUUGUCCACAACUGCGUGAACAAAUAGUCAAACGGUUUAAGAACAACGUUUCUCAAAGUGCAAUUGCAAGAAAUUUAGGGAUUUCAACAUCUAUGGUCCAUAUUAUCAUCAAAAGGUUCAGAGAAUCUGGAGAAAUCACUCCACGUGAGCGGCAUGGCCAGAAACAAACAUUGAAUGACCGUGACCUUCGAUCCCUCAGACGGCACUGUAUCAAAAACAGACAUCAAUCUCUAAAGGAUAUCACCACACGGGCUCAGGAACACUUCAGAAAACCACUGUCACUUAAUACAGUUGGUCGCUACAUCUGUAAGUGCAAGUUAACGCUCUACUAUGCAAAGCGAAAGCCAUUUAUCAACAACAUCCAGAAACGCCACCGGCUUCUCUGGGCCCAAGAUCAUCUAAGAUGGACUGAUGCAAAGUGGAAAAGUGUUCUGUGGUCUGACGAGUCCUUAUUUCAAAUUGUUUUUGGAAAUAUUCGACAUCGUGUCAUCUGGACCAAUGGGGAAGCGAACCAUCCAGACUGUUAUCGACGCAAAGUUCAAAAGCCAGCAUCUGUGAUGGUAUGGGGGUGCAUUAGUGCCCAAGGCAUGGGUAACUUACACAUCUGUGAAGGCACCAUUAAUGCUGAAAUGUACAUACAGGUUUUGGAACAACAUAUUCUGCCAUCUAAGCGCCAUCUUUUUCAUGGACGCCCCUGCUUAUUUCAGCAAGAUAAUGCCAAGCCACAUUCAGCAGGUGUUACAACAGCGUGGCUUUGUAAAAAAAGAGUGCGGAUACUUUCCUGGCCCGCCUGCAGUCCAGACCUGUCUCCCAUCGAAAAAGUGUGGCGAAUUAUGAAGCAUAAAAUACGACAGCGGAGACCCCAGACUGUUGAACGACUGAAGCUCUACAUUAAACAAGAAUGGGAAAGAAUUCCACUUUCAAAGCUUCAACAAUUACUUUCCUCAGUUCCCAAACGUUUAUUGAGUGUUGUUAAAAGAAAAGGUGAUGUAACACAGUGGUGAACAUGCCCUUUCCCAACUACUUUGUCACGUGUUGCAGCCAUGAAAUUCUAAGUUAAUUAUUAUUUGCAAAAAAAAUAAAGUUUAUGAGUUUGAACAUCAAAUAUGUUGUCUUUGUAGUGCAUUCAACUGAAUAUGGGUUGAAAAGGAUUUGCAAAUCAUUGUAUUCCGUUUAUAUUUACAUCUAACACAAUUUCCCAACUCAUAUGGAAACAGGGUUUGUACUCGGGGGUCCAGAUUUAGAUAAAGUGUGUCUGGGGGCUGGUAUACUAUUUUUAAUGAUUGAAACCUCAAAACGUUAUGACAGACUGCCUUAAAAAAACGGAAUGGGAUUUGACAUUUUUUUACUGAAUGAGACACCCAGAAUGUACGUGAAAAUAAACGGGAUUUACAAUAUUAACUAUGAAGGAUAAAACACUGAAUAUUGACAACAUAUUUUACAAUCAAGCGAAACACAACCAAAAUGCAACAAACCUAGUGAAAUAUGAACGCGAAGACUAAUAAUCUUUUCUAGCCAAAAUUUCAGUGGUACCACGUGUGUCUUGACAGGAAACAUAAAUGAAACUACAUGAUUAGCAUAGCAUCUAAUCUUGGCAUAAUUAGUAUCAAUUUAGCAAACAUUUUAACAGCCCACGAAGGACUAGAUAUAACAUUUUGAGACUAUUGUGUUUUUCUUUCCAAAAUAUGAGCGAUACCACCCGGUCCUGGACAGAAAAUAUAAAUGACUCUACGCGUUUAGCAUAACAUUUUAUCUUAACGCAAUUUGCAUAAAUUCAGCACACACUUUAGUCUACAAUUGACAUUUUGAGACUAAAAGUGUGCCUUUGUAGUCAAAAUAUGAGUUAUUCCACCUGUGUCUGGAAAGAAAAUGUAGCAUUGUUUUGCUUAGCAUUUUAUGUUAGCAGAAUUGGUAAAAAUUCAGCAUACAUUUUAACAGCCUACAAAUGACGAUAUUUGAUAUUUUGAACAUAUAAAUGUGCCUUUCUAGCCAAAAAAUUUGUGAUACCACCUAUGUCUGGACAGAACUUAUUGUAGUGUCGUUUAGCAUAGCAGUUUAUCUUAGCAUAAUUGGUGUACAUUUAGCACACAUUUUAACAGCCUAUAAUUGACUAGAUUUGACAUUUUAAGCAUAUAAAUGUGUCUUUCUAGCCAAAAUAUGAGUAAUACCACCUGUGUCUGGACAGAAAACGUAACAGAAGCCUAUUUUAGCUUUGUUCAGCAUAGCAUUUUAACAUAGCAUCAUUCUCACACAUUUUGCACACAUUUUAAGUCAACAAAUGACUAGAUACAACAUUUUGAGAUUUUUAAUGUGUCUUUCUCGCCAAAAAAAAUUGAUAACACCUGUGUCUAUACCGGAAACAUAAAUGAAGCUACACAUUUAGCUUGGCAUAUAUCUUAGCAAAAUUUGUAUAUAUUUAGCACACAUUUUAACAGCUUACAAAGGACUAGAUUUUACAUUUUGAGACAAAAAAAAUGGCUUUUCUAGCCAAAAUAUGAGUGGUAGCACCUGUGUCUGGACAGAAAACAAAUGACUUUACGCGUUUAGCAUAACUUGAUCUUGACGCAAUUGGUAUAAAUUUAGCACACACUUUAGCCUACGAAUUGACAUUUUGAAACUCAAAAUGUGCCUUUCAAGACAAAAUAUGAGCUAUUCCACCUGUGUCUGGAAAGAAAACGUAGCGUUGUUUAGCAUAGCAUUUUAUGUUAGCAUAGUUGGUAAAAAAAAAAAAUUAAGCAUACAUUUUAGCAGCCUGCAAUUAAUAUUUGACAUUUUAAACAUAAAAAUAUGCCUUUCUAGCCAAAAAAUGAGUGAUACCACCUAUGUCUGGACAGAACUUAUUGUAGUGUCGUUUAGCAUAGCAGUUUAUCUUAGCAUAAUUGUUAUAAAUUUAGCACACAUUUUAACAACCUAUAAUUGACUAGAUUUGACAUUUUAAGCAUAUAAAUGUGCCUUUCUAGCCAAAAUAUGAGUGAUACCACCUGUGUCUGCGGAAAAAGCUUAUUGUAGCUUAGUUUGGCGGAACAUUUUGGCUGAGCAUAAUUGGUAAAAUUUUAACACAUUUCUCCCAUAUCUUAACCAUCUAUUAUUGGAGUACAUUUGACAUAUAUAUACAUUUGCUUUUCUAUCCAAAUAAGAUAUAGCAGCAAUGUCUGGACAGAAAAUGUCAAAGGGGCCUAGUUUAGCAUUUUAGCUUAGCAAUAUUGGUCUAAAUUUAAGAAAAAUCUUAGACAACCUGACUGCCAACUAUCCGUCUCUAAAAUACUACCAACCCUUCCAAAGUUCUCCUACAAGCAAACAGACACAAAAACAAAACCUAAAUAAUAGUAGAAUUGCAAGUUAUCUUAGUUUCCAAUACAAAAAAACCCUAAAUAAAAAGUAAACUAAAUAAAAUAAGAAAAAUACUAAAAGCUAGUUCAAUUAACCUGCGAUGAGGUGGCGACGUGUCCAGGGUGUACACCACAUUCCACUCGAAUACAGUUUAAGAUAGGCUCCAGCACCCCCCGCGAACCCAAAAGGGACAAGCGGUAGGAAAUGGAUGGAAGUUUGUUUGGUAUUUUUGUUAAAUUUUGUCUUUGUACAAAGCUUUGCUCUUUAGCUCAAUGCUAGUUAUUAAUCGAGUCAAGCAAAUCUUGACCAAUCUUCCUCUCAGAGAAUAAAACACACUAAAAAAUCCCAAA